AAAAGUCUAAACUCUCAACUCCCCAAAUCGCAAUUCAGCUCCAUUGAAGGAGAAACAUUGAUUAGUGAUUAAUAAAGUAACAGGUGGAAACCGCAAACAAACACUCACUCUUAACAACGUUACUCACAAUUUAAAUGGGAAACUCCCACUCUCAUCGCAAAAACCGGCAACAUUAUCAUCAUCAACCACAACAACAACAACAUCAACAGGUGGAAGGAUCAUCUUCUUCUUUGCCUCUCCCUACAAAUCCCAACUAUUUAUAUCCACCUCCUCCUUUCAUUCCUCAACAUAAUUCUCAAUCUCAAUCUUCUUCAAUGGCUCUUACGUUACCAUACUCCCAUGUUGACUCUUGCUUACGCGCUCUCGCCGGCCAAGCUCAAGGUUUUGGCCGCUCUUCCAUUGGUGGCCUUCAUGGACCCCUCUUCCAUGUCACCACCCUCGCUGAUGAUGGACCUGGAUCGCUUAGAGAAGCUUGUCGGAAAAAGGAGCCACUCUGGAUUGUCUUUGAAGUUUCAGGCACCAUUGUACUCAAGUCUUACCUCAGUGUAUCGUCUUACAAAACGAUUGAUGGCCGUGGCCAAAGAAUUAAGUUCACAGAAAAAGGGUUAAGGCUCAAGGAAUGUGAGCAUGUGAUCAUAUGCAAUCUAGAAUUUGAAGGUGGGAGAGGGCAUGAUGUAGAUGGGAUUCAGAUCAAACCUAAUUCUAAGCAUAUAUGGAUUGAUCGCUGCAGCUUGCGUGAUUAUGAUGACGGUCUCAUAGAUAUCACCAGACAAAGUACUGAUAUCACUGUAUCUAGGUGUUAUUUUUCUCAGCAUGACAAAACAAUGCUCAUUGGAGCAGAUCCAUCUCAUGUUGACGAUAGAUGUAUUCGGGUGACUAUUCACCAUUGUUUUUUUGAUGGUACCCGACAAAGGCAACCUCGCUUGAGAUUUGGGAAAGUUCAUCUGUACAAUAAUUACACCAGGGAUUGGGGAAUUUAUGCUGUCUGUGCCAGUGUAGAGUCACAGAUAUAUUCACAGUGCAACAUUUAUGAAGCUGGACAGAAGAAAAAAGCUUUUCUAUACUACACAGAGAAGGCUGCUGAUAAAGAACAAGAAGCUACUGGGAGCAUAAUAUCUGAAGGAGACCUAUUUCUAAAUGGAGCUGAAUCGGGUGUAAGGCCGUUGGGCAGUGAAGAGAGCGUGUUUCAUCCUAGCGAGUUCUACAGCGACUGGACAUUGGAACCGCCUAGUGAAUCUCUUAAACAUAUUCUUCAGCAUUGUACAGGAUGGCAGAAUAUUCCCUGCAUCCCUGACAAACUCUCUGAUGCUCAGUCAUAGGCUUGCUCUACGCAGUAAUGAUAACAUACCGAUACAAUUGCUCUAUAUAUUUACAUACUUUGGGAGAUAAACUCUCAUUUUGGUUGGCUUUUAUGAAAUAAGAUAGAUGGUUCAGUCUUAA